AUGCUGUCAAAGCAAAUCCACUCAGCUAAUUCUAUAUCUACGUCCAACAUGUAUCCACUGCUUCUCAACACAAUUAUCUUGCUAUGGAUGAGUACCCACCCGACCCCGUCUUCUAAGCUAUCUGCCUCUGUCCCGGAAGGAAUGGUCAAGCCUGUGGGAAGGCCAUGGGUCCUGUCUGGGUUUACCUGGAUAAGGGAGCAACAGACUGAGGGAGACUGGUCCAGACACAGUGCAUGGAUUUUACAUGUUUGCAGACUGAAGACAAUAUAUCUUACCCCAGCUUGA